GUCUCUUACCGACAAGGAACAUUCACCUACAAAAAUUGUGCCCACCGGAGCUGAAGCGACCCCCCCUCGACGGUCCUGUCUGAAGACGGCCGGGUAAAGAUCAAGAGAUCGGCAUGCUCUGCACUCUCUCCGCCAGGAUUGCCAUUGAUUCGGGACAACGUUGUCCGGCCUCUCUGACCGCAGGCAUGUAUAUCAUCCCACAUAGACGACGCUUCCGUCUGCAAUGGUAUCGCGUUAACUACCAUACUUUCAUGUCACGAGACUUUUCGGAUCAACCAAUAUGAGGUCUGCUCCCAUCCCUGCUCUACUUCUUACAGCCCGCCUCAUUGGAGCUCAGCCUACUCAUGCUGCGAACCAUACUGGUGCUUUCUGUCUUGAGAUACCCAAAACUGCAUCUGGAGCAUCAAUUGAACACGAUCCAUCUUUCGCAUCUUUCUCAUUCGAGCCUGCCUUCUGGGUAGAGUUCUUUGGCAAUUCAAGCACGCCGAACCAAUUGGCCUUCAACCUUCUCAAUCGUAUCGUCGACCAUGGUGGUCAACCAACUAUUCGGCCGGGUGGAAUUACGAUGGACUCUAUGAUCUUCAACGUAUCAGCAGGUGACCCUGUGCGUACCACGAAUCUCAAGGGUGGUGUUUAUCGGACGACAGUGGGACCUGCCUACUAUGAGAGCUGGUCCAACUUCCCUGAUGGCACCAAAUUUGUCUCUACCUUGAACUUUGGCAACGAUUCACUCGACAUUGCUCGAGAUAUGGCAGUCGCCUCCGUGAAAUACGCAAGCAAUGACAGCAUCAGCUUCUUUGAGCUUGGUAACGAGCCAACAAACUAUCCGAGUUCGCGAUGGAAAAAUAGCACUCGAGCCUAUGUCCAGGAAUGGCAGAACUGGACGGCUCAGAUCGAUGCAGCCGUGAACUCGACCUUGGGUAACGACGCAGCACUCGAUUUUGGUCGUGAGCGCUGGUGGGCGUCGUCGGCAACAACGGAUCAAAGCGGUCUGGAAGUUCGUCCAGCUGCUCUGAUUCCUGCUGGUAUCGAUUCUAACAAUCAGGUGGCCGACUAUUCCAUUCACUCAUACCCAUUCUCGACCUGCGAUCCAGCCAGAGCUGUGUUGGCGACGACUCAGAAUAUCUUGAAUCAGACCGAGCUUGAACGAUAUGCGGACGAGGAGAUAUAUCCUUCGGCCAAGGCUGCGCUCGAUGCUGGCAGCCGGUGGAUCAUUGGAGAAUUCAAUUCCAUCUCUUGCUCCGGAAAUCCUAACGUCUCGGACACUUUCGCGCAAGCCUUGUGGGUUAUCCAAAGCGAAUUGAUAUAUGCUGCACGCAAUGCCUCUGCUGUUUACCUGCACCAGGGAGCAGCCUUGGUGUUCCAAAGCAGUCAACAGGUCAACUCUGCGGGCCAAGACGGUUCCCCUGGCUAUUCGACCUACGACAUGUUUUAUCCUCGCGAUAGUGACAAGCGUGGUCCAGCAAGAGUGUUGCCUAGCUUCUCCAGUCAGCUCUUUAUGGCUGAAGCAUUUGCGAUGCCUAACACUCGUAUCCGUCAGAUUGAGACACCUCUGGGUGUAGAUAAGGACUACUUCUCAGCAUACGCGUUCUACGCUAAAAACAAACUCAACAAGCUGGCUAUCGUCAACUCCAAGCCAUACUACGCUAAUUCGACGAGUGACUUCUCUGUGGCGCUAGACAUCUCUAGUUACGCGCAUCCGAAGAAGGGUACAAGAGCAUGGUUGAAAAGACUGACAGCUCCUCAUGUCGAUGAAGGGAACGCCAAUAGGACCACUUGGGCAGGUCAAUCAUUCCCUCAGGGCAACGUGGUGGGAGACCUCGCCGUAGAGGAAGUCGGCCAUGAUGGUAUUGUCCAUGUCAGGGGUAGCGAGGCAGUACUCGUUUUCUUUAACAAAAGAGAUGUAAGUAUGGGUGCUUGCUGAUUGUCUGCGCUUGGGUGUGCCUUGUGUGCAGAUAUUCAUAUUCGCGUACAAUGACCCCUCAAGUACGUACGGCCACAGUCAGCUGAAAACUGGGCAUCCCGUCCGCUCUGCCAUACAUAAGCAGUUGAACGGCAGAUUAGUACUACGGUGGGUGACCACGUGGGAAUCCCUGCUGCUGUACGUUUUGUUUUGGUAUCCCAAUUUAGCAGCAAAGCGUUCUGUCUCUCCUUACGAUGUGCCUUUUGUAGUUUUUGAACUGCUUUU